UAGACAAAUUCACUAGCUAUACAUUUUCCAAUUUUCCAAAUACAACAAGUAAAGAUUUCCCUCCAAAAAUAUAGCUAGAAGUUGGUUGGGCACAAUUUUGAGUUGAGCCCAUUAAUCAAAAAAUGCUUUUUGCUUAGUCCCUUUGGCGCUUUUCUCUUCUCUCACACUAUUCAACUGCGGAAACCAAACUCUCUUCAACACUCAUGGACGACGAACCUUUGGAUUUUGAGGUUCAAGACGAUCUUCUCGUAUCCCUUCCAAUCAACAAAAAACGGAAGAAAGCUAUUGGGUUGGAUGAUCUUCUUGAUGAUCACUACAAAGAACAGGACAAGCUUUUAAAGAAGAAUAAUAAGAAAGCAAAGAAAAAGGCAAAGGAAAAGAAGAAAUACGAGGCCGAAGAUGUUAAGGAAGCUUAUUUGACUAGGAUUGUUGAGAAAUGUCACAAUCAGUUGAAAGCCUUUGGAGAAGAAAGUGAAAUUCCAGUUUGGGGGGUAAAAGUUUUCGGUGAUCAGAAACCCUUUCCCCCGCUGGACUUUCCUGACCUCGAAAGUUGUAACUUCAUACAAUCUUUCUUGAACAACAAACUAAACUCUGUGGUUGAGUUGGCUGCAGACAAAGGAGAUAGUUUUCUUGAAGGGUUACUAGUCAAUGGUUGGCUUUCAAAACUAGCUUUCCUUUCUUGCCAAGUUGAGAAACCUGUAGCUAUUUGGGCCUUUAACACAAUGUUAUAUUCAUCGAAAGAAGAACUCCAAAACUCCUCCAGUGACUUUUGGUGUGGAAUUCUCUCUUCUGGAAAGGAGGUUGAUCAAUUUUCUGUCAAAAUUGAUUGGUUUCCCGAGUACAAAGAUUUGAGAAGCGCUCUUGACACUUAUGGGUUUCUCUUUAAGUUUUCAUCUAGUGCUGGACAUGAAAGUUCAGCUUCUGACAGUGGAGUUCCACCCCAAAAUAUUAGAGCCUGGAUCACACUUGUCACUUCUUGUUGUCUGAUAAGGAAUAAAAAAGCUAUCUUCUCUACUGUAGAAGCUGAAGAGAUAGUAGAAAUUAUUAUAUGUCUAUUCCUAGAUCGUCAGUUCCAGGGGUUGUUGGUGCUUUUAAAUGACUGCAUGAAAGCAAUUGUCAAUUACUUUACUGACCAAGAAUGGCGCUCAAGUUGUGAGAACAUAGCAAAAUUCAUUGCUUGCAGAGUGUCGGAGGAUUUGAAUUGCAUCCAGAUUGUUGAAUGUGUUUCAGAAGCUAGUUCACGUUGUACGCAACUCAGAAGUGCUAUUGCCUAUCAAAGCCUGCUUUCUUUUUUUGAUGGAGCCAACAAUGGAGAAGAGAUCCUCAAAUCACUUGAUGCAACUAACUUCAAAGACAAAAAUUGCAAUUUCUUCAAGAUGUACAUUCACUUAGUUUUGACUGAGAAUUGGGUUUUGUCCAACUCAUUUGUUGAAGACGAUCAAGAAAUCUACGAGAUGUUCUGUUCUUUUCUUAAACAUUGCUCUACCUUAAUUUCAGCGACAGACCUACGUACUUACGCAUCAAAGGUUCGUCAUAAGGCUUCAUAUCUUCUGCAUUUCUCCGUCUAAAAAUGAUUAGUAUAAGGUGUCUUCGGUAUCAUGGCGAAUGUCAAGGUUGUUGCUACUUGUUGACUGGCAUGAAUCAAAGAUAUCUUGAUGCUUUAACGUGUCCAAAUGAGCUUUCUCAUUUCUUUUGUGACCCCCCUAUUUGUGAUACCGCGAUGAGGAAGGUUUGAAUUUUGAGGAAAAAAAGUAGUCACAUUUUACUCAUUUUUGUUGAUAGUAACUUCAAGACUUGUAUUCUAGUUGGAUUGUUAACCUAUAUUUAGAUUUAUUACAUGAUAUUAUAUGCAUUUUGAAUAACUUGAAAAUGGAUUUAUAUGUUAAGCAA